UAAUGUAAUAUUUUCUGGUUUAGUCUUAUAAUUCUCAAAGUUUUAUAGAGCAGGAGAAGAACCUGUUUUGACAGGGUAUUUCAUCAAUUCUGUAUACACAUAUUAAAUUCAGCACCACAGAUAACCAUGGUGGUCAGAAACGGACACAUAUCCAUCAACGGCGUCCCCGUUGCCGUCGAUGACAAAGGCUUUGUCGUCGGUCGCGACGGAUCUCUCUUGCCCAUCAAGUACCAGGAUUUCUAUCGCCGGGCUUCGGUGGAGAGAAUCGACAGGAUAUUGACCGAGUUGGCCCAAACGAAGGAUGUCUGUAUACAAAAUGAAAAGCCACCUCGUCAGUCGAAAAAUUGGGUUCCUGGUCCAGAGAUCGGAUUAAUUCCUCAUUUCAAGCUCCCUCGAGAGAAACGACGUCUUCCCAAGGAUAUGAAGCACCUGAUAAAUCGCCUCUCAUCAAAGAUGGCUAAUCUAAAAUCAGUUGUGGAUGCUUCGAUGCAAACCGCAACGUUGAAGCCAUCAGAGCCACCUCGACGAUCCACAACGUCCUCCAUUUGCGACUGCAUCAAUUCCCGCAUCAGUACUCUUCGUCAUCAUAAUCGCGCUGGUUCUCUCCUGGAAAACGAACAGGCCAUCAGCAAGGAUGACCACUUCGACUUUAUUCUCCGAGCGAUGCGAGACACUCAGUUGGUCAUUAAGGAUUUGGAACACUUGAGCCACAAACUGUCCAAGAGUUACAACACCAUGCAAAAGACAAUUCGCGAUGCCCAGGCGAGCAACUGGGCCCUGGUGAAGACGACGGAAACCUUCUGCACGGGCACUUUAUCGUUAGAGAAUGAAGAGGCCUAUGUUUUGACAAAGUAUUACAAUCUUGUUGGAACUCUUCUUUGGUUACAGAGGAAGAGAAAGGAGAGGGAAUUGGAAUGUGCCAAACUGAAAGAUGACAAUCAAAGAUUGACUUGGCGGGUGGAAGAGCUUGAAAGUCAAAUAGCAGAAAUGACUACAGAUAGAAACUUGGUGGACAGGCUACAAGAGCUUGCGGAUAAGGUUGAAGAGAUGUGCUCUACUGGAGCGCUCCAAGUCGAUCAGUCGGUAUGUUCGUGUUCACCAGAGCCGAAAAGAGGAAUUGAAGAGUCUUCAAUGUCUGCCGACUCUAUCAGUGAUGACGAAGAAGUAAUGGUCGGUAACUAUGAAAACGACCCUGCGGCAGGCUGGUCCAAAGCACUCCAAGCUCACAAACAGAACUGGAAAGCGUUCUACGAUCUCAGCGAUGACCAAAAGAAGAAUCACGAAGUCCUGCAUGAGCUCAAGGUUGAAUGUGGAACAAUCCACGAUCAGAAUAAACGCCUCACGAGCAGACUAGGCAUUGCCGAAACCAACUCCGCUAAACUCCAAGAUCAGUUACGGGAUCUUUUGGAUGAGAAACAAAAUUUACAACAAAGACUUCGGACUUCGCAGAAACUCUUGAAAAUUACGCAGAGGUCGCUUGUCAGCCAACCAGAAGAUAUUAAAACAUAAUAGGACUGAAUGGUCAAACACCAAGCAAGAAAUUGAUCGAUUUGAGACUAGUAUUAUAGCAACACAUCGUGAUAGGUCAGAAGUGUGUCAUAUUGUCAAGUUAGCCAAUUACAUAGCAUUAUUUUACAUACAAAAUCUCCAGAUGAAAAUCCAUUUUCCCCAAACUAUAGUGUUACAAGCGUAUAUAUUCAUGAGAUAUACUUCUCAAUUAUUGCCAGUCUUAAAUCAUGUAAAUAAGCCGUGAUCUUCCUAAAUGUCUGCAUCUGCCUACUUUACGACGAGGCUUUAAUAAUGA